UUUGGCUGGAAUACGCCGCUAGCGGAAAGGGGCGUGGCUUUGGCUAACUUGGUUUGGGGAAAGAAAGACUCAUCACAAAAACAGAAUAUCAAAAACAUUAAGGAAAUUAGCUCUUUGUCAAACUAAAACAAAUGUUUUAGGUCAAGUGAAGGCACGCUGAUAUGGAUGACACACUCUUCCAACUGAAGUUUACAGCAAAACAGCUCGAAAAACUUGCCAAAAAGGCAGAGAAAGAUUCAAAAUCCGAGCAAGCCAAAGUUAAAAAGGCUCUUCAGCAGAAGAAUGUGGAAGUUGCCAGAGUAUAUGCAGAGAAUGCCAUCCGUAAGAAGAACGAGGGCCUUAAUUGUCUGCGCAUGGCAUCCCGUGUUGAUGCUGUUGCCUCCAAGGUCCAGACUGCUGUCACUAUGAAAGCGGUCACAAAGAAUAUGACGCAGGUCACCAAGGCACUGGACAAAGCGCUGGGUUCCAUGGACCUGCAGAAGGUGUCUGCUGUUAUGGACAAGUUUGAGACGCAGGUCCAGAACCUGGAUGUUCACACCUCGGUGAUGGAGGACUCUAUGAGCUCGGCCACCACACUGACCACGCCCCAGGACCAGGUGGAUGACCUCAUCGUCCAGAUAGCAGAAGAGAGUGGUCUGGAGGUGAUGGACCAGCUCAGCCAGCUGCCUGCAGGAGCCACCUCAUUGGGAGAGAGCUCCUCCCGCUCACAGCAGGAGAAGGAGGACCAGCUGUCUCGCAGGUUGGCUGCUUUGCGGAACUGAACAUAUCUCUCAACUAUUUGCUAGACAGAUGGAGGCUUGACAACCGCUUGGAAACAAACAGCUGGGAGCUGUGUGAUUCUAUCAAACUGUUCAUACCGUGAGGACCUAAUGAGCCUAUUGAUUUCCAUCCUCACGUCUAUUUAUAUACACACUCACACUGUGGUGCUGAAAAUACCACCUGAGAAGGCAUGGGUCUCUCUCUUCCCCCUCUUUCUGUCCGUCUUUCUUUUUCUGUUGCACAUCUCUUUUUUUCCACCUUUCCUUUUCCMAUAUCAGUCUUUCCAUCUCUCACUCAUUGUCUUAUAUUAAUUAGGGAUCCUCAAAUCAAAAUAAAGUGUUAUUUGUCACACACUUCGUAAAAUAACAGGUGUAGACUAACAGUGAAAUGCUUACUUACGGGCCCUUCCCAACAAUGCAGAGAGAAAAAAUAUCCCCUUUGGUUAGUUGUACUUGUGAAUUUCAGUACAUUGUCACAUGACAUAUUUUUGGAUGUAUAUUUGAAUUGUGAGGGUUUUCUGUGAACAUGAAGAGUUUUGCAAAAUGUCUAAAUAGUAUAUUGGAAAAAGGUGUUUUAAAACAGACACAUUUGUGUAAUAUAUGGAAGCUUGGACCCCCAAAAGUUAUCUGGAUUUUGCCUAUCAGAUAAGAUUAAAUGAAUAUACAUAGAAUGAAUAGAACGGACAAAUCAUUGACUUGAA